UUUCCUUUUCCACUAUUGAUUUCCCUAUGUAGAUCUGAUAAUCAACAGAGAACUUAUAUCAUGGCUCUAAUAAGUUCUGACAUCACCAACGUCUCAAGCUCAAAAAUCUCAUAGAUUCAUCGUCAACAAUGACAACAACAUUAUCACCAUCAACAUCCAUGUCAAAAAUGAGCUUGAAGCUUUUAGUUGACACAAAAGCUGAGAGACUUCUUUUCGCUGAAGCAUCCAAAGACUUUAUUGACUUCCUCUUCAACCUCCAUCGCCUGCCAAUUGGUGCCGUCACAAACCUCUUAACCAAAACCAACAUGGUGGGUUCCUUAGGCAAACUUUAUGAAAGCAUCGAGAAUCUUAGCAACACAUACUUGUUGCAACAAAGCCAAGACAAAGACAUGUUACUGAAACCAAAAACCCUAAUCCCUCCUGGCUUCCUCUUGCUACUAGAUUAUGAAGGGAAUAUUGAACAAGAAGAAGAUGAGCCUCCUAAGCUAUACAUGUGCAGCUGGAAUAGGUGUAAUUGCUAUGUGACUCUGGAUGUGAACACUUUGUGUCCGAGUUGCGGUCGUUUGAUGAACAAUUCUGUGAACUGGGUUGGGAAGACGAAAAUGGAAGUGAAAGGUCCUAGUGGGAAGGAUGGGUUUGUGAAGGAAGCUGUGACAUAUAUGGUAAUGGAUAAUCUUGUAGUUCAACCCAUUUCUCCUAUCUCGUGUAUUGCUUUGCUCAACAAGUUCAACAUCAAAGAUGUCAAUUCACUACAAGAAGUGGUUGUUGAGUUUGGAAUCCAAGAGGCUAUCCAACUGCUAAAGGCUUCUAUGCAGAGCAGCAAUGCUUUGACAAGUGUUUUCCUCCAGGAUAUCAAGUUUACGAAGGAAUCAAAUAUGAUCCUUCAAUAAUGCCACUAUGUGUAUCAAAUAGCAUUACUUAUUGAUUCCAUUUAAUUGUUCUUUGUCAUGGAUAAUUAAAUAGGUGUGCUUAUCAAAAAUA